UCACCUUGGUGCUCAAUUAUGGCACUUGUCUUUUCCUUUCUUUUUCAAUAUUCUUUUUCACCAGAAAUGCUCUUUGCCUCCCUACAUACUCUCUUCUUAAUUGUCACUGUAUUUGCGGAUUUUUCUCCUCUUGUCCUUCAACUAUUUAUAACUAUAUAGCUAGGGUUCUAAUAUUACUAAAUCUCUCUCUCUCUCUCCCUCUCCCUCUCCCUCUCCCUCUCCCUCUCUCUCUCCAUGGUGGUAUCACACAUCUUUUUCAUAAAUUGACAAUAUAUUACUAAAGAGUAGAUCUUGAAAAGAUCAAGCCUAGCUAAGGGUAGAAAAGAUCAUCAUGCUUUUGGUUUUUGAAAAUUUUGAAGUAUGCAAUUCAGAAUUUCAGGGUGAGUAGGUAUGUAUGUACCUCCAAUGGAAAUUGUUGAAAAUUGAGAAAAUUUCACAUGUCUAGUGUGGUAGGUGUACCUUUUUAUAGCCACUUUUAGCCACACUUCCAUGUGAACAUAAAAAAGGAGAGAGAUAUUAACAUAUUAUGAUGGCCUCAAAUUCUCCAUGUGCUGCAUGCAAGUUUCUAAGAAGGAAAUGCAAUCAAGAUUGUAUCUUUGCACCUUAUUUUCCACCAGAAGAGCCUCAUAAAUUUGCAAAUGUUCACAAAAUAUUUGGUGCAAGCAAUGUGAGUAAAAUAUUAAAUGAAGUUUUACCUCAUCAAAGGGAGGAUGCAGUGAAUUCUCUAGCUUAUGAAGCUGAAGCAAGAAUUAAAGAUCCAGUUUAUGGUUGUGUUGGAGCAAUUUCAGUGCUCCAAAGACAACUCAUUAGGCUUCAAAAAGAACUUGAUGCUACUAAUGCUGAUUUGAUCCGUUUUAGUACUAAUCAAGGUUCUUCUUUUUUUAAUUACCCUUCUAAUUGGAACAAUGAUUCUUAGUUAAUUGUGGAGAUGUCUAAUGAUAUUUAAUCUCGACUUUUUCUAUGCAUCAAUUAGUAGUCUCCUCUAUUAAUUAAAUUCAAGUUCACCAUUUAGGGUUUUCUAUUGUAAAAUAUUGAGUUUCGGAUUAAUAAAUAAGUAGUCACACAUUCUGUAUA